AUGGGUUAUGCAUACGGUCUGUGGAGCAUAGGUGGCGUGUUUGCACCCCUCGUCUGUCAAAGCAUCAUUGCUUCUGGUGCGCCAUGGCAGAAUUUCUACUACGGAUCGUUGGUGGUGUCUGCUAUCAACUUCGCCUUGGUCUUGUACGCCUUUAGACCGACCCAGAGCGAGCUUUUUAUCGAACGCAAAGAAGCAUUGUCGAACGCAUCACCUCCAUCGACUCCAGGAACUCCUAAUUCAAUUGCCGAAAACAAGAGUUUCACGUUUCCACCUUUGGAGACCAGUUCGACGACAAUGUUACAUGCCCCACCUUCUAAGCCGGAAAAUACUUUCUGGAGGGCUCUGUGUUUAUCGUAUACUUGGGCAUUCGCACUUUUCGGCUGGCUUGAAUGCGGAAGUGAAACUGUCGCGCAAGGAUAUACUGUGUCCUAUCUUCUCGCGGCGAGGAACGCAGAUCCGAAAACAGUUGGCUAUGUCACAUCAGGGUUCGCUGGUGGUUUGUCGGUCGGUCGAUUGCUCUGGGGGUACUUCUCACCGAGGUUGACUUUCACACAACAAAAAUACACUUUGAAUGCACUCAUCCGUGGCUCUCGUUCUACACGUCACCGUUUUGGUCGUGAAUUCGACUUUGCAAAAUUCCAUCGCCACCGCAAUCAUAGGCCUCAUGUACGGUCCCCUGUGGCCGGGUGCUCUUACUGUUAUCAGCCAGCUUCUUCCCGGAGAGGUGCGGAUGAUGGUGAUGGCUAUUUUCUCUGCUGCCGGCAACCUUGGUUCAUCUGUAUUCCCACUCAUGGUCGGUGUGAUGUCGAGUGUAAGAGGAAUUCAAUCCAUGCCAUACCUUAUGAUCCCUCAGACGGUGGCAUUCCUCGCGUUGUGGGCCAUGUUUCCGUCGAAAUUGCCGACCAGGUCUUCUCCAAACUAGUUUUGUUCAGUUGCUUCAACUAG